AUGGAUAAGAAAGCCACGGCUCUCUUAAAACUAAUUUAUUUGGAGAUGUUCGGAUACGAUAUGUCUUGGGCCUCUUUCCAUGUCCUCGAAGUCAUGUCAUCGGCGAAAUAUCUUCAAAAAAGGGCUGGAUAUCUUGGGGCACUGCAAAGCUUCAGACCGGAAACUGAAGUUCUUAUGCUUGCGACAAAUUUACUAAAAAAGGAUCUAAUAUCGUCAAGCAUACAAAACAUCUCCCUUCCCCUGAUCACGCUGCCAAAUAUAAUCACACCAUCUCUCGCCAUGUCGCUUCUCCCUGACGUCGUUCCCCGUAUAUCACACUCUCAUGCCCUGAUUCGAAAGAAGGCGGUAGUGUGCCUGUACCGGCUUGCCUUGGUCUAUCCCGAGGCCCUUAAACUGGCGUGGCCCAAAUUAAAGGAUCGCCUGAUGGAUGAUGAUGAGGAUACCAGUGUCACAACUGCUGUUCUCAAUGUUAUAUGCGAGCUUGGAUGGCGACGGCCUCACGACUUUCUCCCACUUGCGCCGAGAUUUUUUGAGUUGCUAGUGGACGGAGGUAACAAUUGGAUGGCUAUUAAAAUAAUAAAACUCUUUGCAACCCUGACUUCACUGGAACCUCGGCUUGUUCGAAAACUUAUUCGACCACUAAUCAAUAUAAUCGAGACCACCUCUGCAAUGUCAUUACUUUAUGAAUGCAUUAAUGGCAUAAUUCAAGGCGGAAUCCUUGAUGGGGAAGGAAAUCUCGAAGAAAAGGAUGAAAUCGCAAAUCUUUGUGUCGGGAAGCUACGAGGCAUGGUGGUUACGGAUUUUGACCCCAAUCUCAAGUAUGUUGCAUUGCUUGCUUUCAGCAGGAUCGUGGUUUCUUAUCCAUUUCUGGUAUCGACGCAUCAGGAUGUUAUAUUGAAUUGCCUAGAUGAUGCCGAUAUUUCGAUUCGACUUCAAGCCCUUGAACUUGCAGCUCGCAUGGUUACUAGGGAUAGUCUCCAGUCAGUCGUUAAUCGGUUAGUCACUCAGCUAGAGGAUUCCCGGCAUACUGCACCACAAGGGAGCAUUUCAGACGUUGAAGAUAUGGAGUGGUCAGAUUCCGCGGAACGGAAGGACUCGCGGAAAGAGAAGUCACGGUUUUCCAUUCCAAACGACUACCGUGUGGAAGUUUUACAUCGAAUUCUUGAUAUUUGUUCGUCCGACAAUUAUUCAAGGCUAGCAGAUUUCGACUGGUAUGUUGAUGUUUUAAUGCAGCUUGUGAAUCUUCUCCCUGCCAGUGUUGAAGGCUCCAGCUUGCAGCAUGUUGCUUAUCAGGGAAUUGAAAACGAGUCGAGAGAUAAUAUCGCAUGUCGGAUUGGAUUAGAACUGCGGAAUGUUGCUGUUCGUGUUAAAGACGUUCGGAUGGAAGCGACCAGAGCUGCAGAGUCUUUAAUUCUUAUUGAUAAUCGGCAAUCUUUUUUCUCUAGUGUAUCUCACGCAGACGGUGGCAUACUUGGGCCUCUCGCAUGGGUGAUUGGAGAAUUCGCUGAAUAUCUUGCAUCGCCUGGUCAGACACUUCAAUCGCUGAUUGAUGUAUCAAAUGUAUCGCUAUCUGCGAAAACGCUCUCUCUUUUCAUUCAGGCCGCUCCCAAGGUCCUUGUUCAUAUCGUCCAUACUGAUGGCGAGGGUUGGAGCGUAGCACGAAAGAGCGAAAUUUCUCUUUUCCUCGCACGGAUCAUCGAGUUUCUCGAACUUCUAGCGGCUCACCCUGACUUAGAAGUUCAGGAAAGGUCUAUUGAGUUUUUAGAGAUGAUGCGGCUGGCUGCCGAUGUGAUGCAGACAGGGUCAGAGGACACCCAGGUCCCUUAUUUGUUUUCUUCGGUCAUCCCUGGUCUUUUCCAUGGCCUUGAAUUGAAUCCGGUGGCGCCAAAUGCCCAGAAAAAGGUACCCCUACCUAGCCAGCUUCGUUUGGAUUUGCCGCUCAAUGGUAACCUUCGCGGUUUGUUCGAGCUUUAUGAUGAGGAGGUUUCUGAGGUCCAGCCUCAGGUACCUUUCAACGACUUUUACUACGUUCGAGAAGUUCCUGUGUUCAAUAAGCAGCAGGGUGAUUUCAGCCCCGUUGGCAUACCCUCUAGCUUUUCAUAUCAGAACUCUGAUAUGCCUGCAGAGGCGGCUGCCGCACUUUUGAGGCAAAAAGUGGAACGAAGGCAACGCAAUAGAGACGACCCAUUCUACAUUGGUUCCGAUGAAUCCUCUGGUACAGUCGGACGAGUUGAGAAAACUCCGAGUAGCAUGGGUGGAGAUGAGCUUGAUCUUGAUGCUAUUCCAAUAGUUGACCUCAAAAUUAGUAGGAUGGAGGGUCAUCACGUGGCUUUAUCGGCGCCUUACGAUAGUCAGGACAAGAUCUCCACGCAAACUAAAAAAUACGAUGUUAUCUCCGAUGAGAUGCUUGGGGUUGAUGAGCCCGCACGCCACCGAGCCUUUGAUGAGCCUGCGAAAGCGAGACGAUCUUUGCUUCAAGUUGAUUCUAGUGGCCUCCGAGAUUUUUCCCUGGAGGAAGAGAGGGGAUCUGCCCGUGUUGACAAUAGCAGCGCAAAGGCGGUCGAGGAUGAUGCAGAGAUGAUUACAGCCAUGAAAGAGGUGGAGAAAAUCCGGCUGAAAAUGCAGAGAGCCUCAGAGCGCGUCCACCUCGAGGGUAUCCCUUCAGAGGGGACCCUGGUGAAGAAAAAGAGGAAGACAAAGAAGUCCACACAUACUAAGUCUCGGGGAACAAAGGCCUUGGAAAGCAGUCAUGACCAAUUGGUAACCAACAAUGAGGCGGGCGAGCUUGGGCAGGACCAGUCAUCAUUACAAAGGCAGCCGAAAAAAGCGUAG